AUGGUUCAUUUUUCUCAAUCACUCUUACCCGAUGCUCCUCUAGCAACAUCAUUACCAACAACGUUUACUUUUCAUCAAAAUAAUCAACAUGAUGAACAUUCGGUUUUACAACAACAGCAGAUGCUUGCAGCACCAUCUCAGCCUCCAUUGAAUUCGAAUCAACAUCAACGAUCAUCUUCAAACGAUGAUGGAAGCUCGAGCCAACCAACACAUAGCAAUGAUUAUGAAACUCGUUUAAGAUGUCCAAAUUGUGAAACAUGGGUGGUCAAUCUAAGCGAUCAUUUACGUAAAACUCAUCGUAUUGCUUCGCCAGUUGAUCGUAAACCAUUGUUACGUAUGGCACGCCUUGAAAAGCGUCGAAUGACUGAAUCUGCAAAUCAUUCUUCGUCUUCAACAACAACUACGACUAUUUUGAAAGCACAACAAUCGACAUUAGUAGUGAACGGAUUACCAACGUCUCACACAAACGCAAAUGAAAUUGAAAACUUACUUUUUAAACAUGAACACGACCAGAAUACUUUAGCAAAUCAUCAAUUUUCUGUAACUAUACCAGAAAACAUCUUACUAAAUCAACAAUUAACCAAUUCGAUUGCACAUUACACAUCAUCGAUAAAGCGACAGCGAGAUUCAGACGAUCAUCUAGAGCACACAACAAAUGAACCGUUAUCCAUAAACAAAAAGUCUCGUGUGGGGUUACUUGAUGGAAAUAAAUUGGCAAAUUCAACCCCAUCGAACAAACCUAGUAAGAAGAAUCGAAAUAAACAACAACAACAACAACAGUCGCAAUCGCAGAUUCUCCAACAAUCGCAAACGAUUAUCAAAACAGCAGCAUCCGGGAUAUUUCCCCAACAGCCACAACAAUUGCAGCAUACUGUUACUUUACAAAGUCUAGAAGAUAAUUCUGAUGAUCUUUCAAAAGUCUUACAAAUGAUGGGCAAUGAAAUGAAUUUUCUUAAUCAACAUUUACAAACAACAUCUAUUUUAUUACAGAAGCAACUCGACUUAGCACGUGAUAGUUUACAUGCGUGUUCCGUUCAAUUUGCUCAUUUAAAGAGAAUGAUUCAACCACAAAUAUGA